UGGAGCAAAGCUGACACUGUCACAGGCUCUUCCUCCUGCUCACUUUGUCCUUCUGAUCCCUCGUGUCCUGCUGUUCCCAGGCCAGGAUGCAGUUCCCGCUGCCCCUGCGUGCAGCCUGCAGCCUGCUGGCCUGGUUCUGCCUCUACAAGUGGUUCUGCCACCGCUACCGGCACCGGAGCCUCGAGUGGAGCUGCAGGCUGGUCACCCUGACCCACGGCAUCCUGGCCACCUGCCUGUCCGCCUACAUCGGCUUCAUCGACGGCCCCUGGCCCCUCAGCCACCCAGGCUCACCCAACACAACCCUUCAGGUGCACGGGCUGUGCCUUAGCUUGGGCUACUUCAUUUUUGACCUGUGCUGGUGCGUGUACUUCCAGACGGAGGGUGCCCUGAUGCUGGCCCACCACCUGGUCAGCAUCGUGGGCAUCGCCGCCUCCUUGGCGCUGGGCGAGUCGGCCGGCGACGUCAACGCCGUCAUCUUCGGCAGCGAGAUCACCAACCCGCUGCUGCAGGCCCGCUGGUUCCUCAAGGAGCUGGGCCGCUACCACACCUUCGCGGGCGACCUGGUGGAUUUCCUCUUCGUGGUGCUCUUCACGGGCGUGCGCAUCGGCGUGGGGGCCUGGCUGAUGUACUGCGAGCUGGCCUCGCCCCGGCCCCGCUGGUACAUCAAGCUGGGCGGGGUGGUCAUGUACGUGGUGUCCUGGGUGUUCAUGGUGAGCAUCUGCCGCUUCGCCAGGAGGAAGAGCAUCAGCAAGUACCAGGCCUGGAGGAGCCGCAGGAGCCGCGAGCUGGGCUGGAAAACCAACGGGCACCUCAAAGGGCACUGAUGGAGGAUGAGCAGAAUUCCUCGAGUUCACGGGCUGGCAAGGAGGGGUUCGUGCCUGAAAUGCUGCUGGAGGGAGAGGAGCCAACGCACGUUAGCAGAUCCGGAGCCAAAUUUAUCCCUGGCCUAACUCCACUGAAAGCCAUGGAGCUAUGCCAUGGAUUCACUGGGCAGAGCUGGCACGGUGUGCACAGCCUGAACAAGAAGGGAAAGAAGGGCUAAUUUAUAGACUAACCAUGGCUGGUCCGGCAGUGCAGGUGUAAAUGGUGAUGUGGAGGGA